AUGAUCCUCACUGCAUCUGCAGAUGAUCCUGUUUCCGUUCUGGCUUUGCGACGAUCCUGUCACAUGAGUAUCCUUCUAAAACGCGCGUGCAAUGCGGUCAAGCACCCUAUACCCAAGGCAAGGGUCACCAAUCCGAACCAUAGCCGCGAGGCCAACAUGAAACCGAGUAUCUGGCGAAUUCGAACUAUAUUACACAAGCACCUUCAUCCACCAGCCUUUCAAGGCAAGAUAAUGGCAUGGCUUAUACCUGUGGCCUAUGCGGGAGUUUGGGCAGUAUCGCAGUUCCUCGGUUCCGGUCGCAGCGCUCCCAAUCCAACUUAUGCUGAAAUCGAAGCCCGCAAGUCGGCUGAGAGAGAGCGGGAUAGGGCCAUUCGGGAGCUUGACAGUACGAGGGCGCAGGUGACGCAGCUCGUGCAAUCAAUGCAAUCAAUGCAAAGUAGGACCCUUCAGUUUCAGCAAGAAGCCAUAUCGGCUGCGGCAGCUGCGCAGCGGAAAACUCAGGAGCAAAUGAGGGCUAUGUUUGACGCCGAGAGAGCUGCAAAUGCGGCCCGUUUCGCCGCAGAAAACGCAGCACGACUUGCAACGGAGGAGGCCAAGAAGAAGGCCCAAGAAGCUGAGGCGGAGAGGCAGCGUACUCAAGCUGCUUUCGAAAAAGUCCAGAGAACAGCGGAGGUUUUGAAACAACACGCCGAGCGUCUUCAGAGGGCAGCUGAAGAAGAAAAGCGGAAAGCUGACGAAGCCGUCGCAGAGGCAGAGGUCGUAAAACAAGCAGCCGAGAACAAUGUUCGCGAGGCUACAGCUGCCAAGGAAGACGCUGAGAGGAGGCUUAGAGAGGGCAUCCAGCCUAUAUUAACGCCCACUCCUCAAGAAAUUCGUGCUGCCCAAGAAAAAAUUCAGUAUCAGGAGAAUUUAUUCCAUUUCGCUGUUGCUGGGAGGGCCGGUGGCGGAAAGUCAUCACUCGUAAAUGCAUUCCGCGGUAUGAGUAACCGUGCAGCUGGUUCCGCUCGGACUGGAGUCACAGAGACCACCCUUACAAUGGGAAGAUAUCCCGACUCUGACGAGCGGUGCCAACAUAUCUGGUAUGACCUUCCUGGAGCAGGGACGAUCAGGAUCCCGGAUUGGCAGUAUUUUAACGCGCAGGGACUCUAUGUCUUUGAUUGCAUUGUCGUCUUGUUCGAUAAUCGAUUCACCCAGACCGACAUCGCUAUUCUCCUCAAUUGCAGGCGCUUCAAAAUUCCCACUUACAUCGUCCGCUCAAAAGCAGACCAACAUAUUCGCAACAUCAUAAGGGAGAUUGGGGAAGACAGCGAUGACGAAACCGCCGAUCGGUCGCAACGGUCAACCUUGUACAUGACUGCGAGAGAGAAACUUGUCAACGAAACUCGCCGCAAUGUGAAGGAAAAUCUCGCUGAGGCGAAUCUACCUGCUCAAAAGGUUUACGUCGUUUCUAGUAACUGUCUACGAGCUGUGUCCAAAGGCGAGCAGCCUUCAAAAGUCAUCGAUGAAAUCCAACUGCUGAAUGAUUUAUACACGGAAGCGCAAGCUAGGCGAACUUUAUCACCCUCUCUGUUGAUGGUAUGGGAGCAUCAAAAACAGCAAGGCAAGCAAGCUACACGACUUCCUAAGGAUUCUGAGAUGCGGUUUCGAUCGCAGACAGUUCUGCGAAGGGUUACUCACAUAGCACUUCGAAAGCUUCAAAUUUCAUGCAGCCCGGAAACAGAAAUGCCGGCCAUCAGCUCCUUCAAGGCCUUACAUUAUGGGGAUUUAGCUAGUCUGACCAGGCGAGGUUUUGUGUGGCAGAAAACACCCGAUCUCCCUCCUGAGCCCUCGACUGAAAACCGGUCCGAUGGCUUUGCUCGGCGUCUCUGGAAGUCCACAACCCUGCUCAACGGCUCGCCAUCUAUCUACAUCACGCUACUCGGAGGUGAUUAUAACUCUAAUCCGAGUACGCUUGCGUGGGAUUCAGGAAGACAAGUUUGUUUUGACCACCGUUCUGCGGGCCCAUAUCUUGUUGCGAACGUCACGAAUUUGCUGGUUGUGUCGCAUUUCCCCGUUUGGUUUGUUCCGUAA